CUUGUGGAGCGAGUGGGGCAUUAUACGGGCUGAUAUCGUGCUUUGCGGGAUGCGCGUGCAUAUACUCUUGCUUCUACCGAUCAAGAAUGAGAAGCCAAUACAUGCUAGCGGAGGAACCUUGUCCCGAUUUGCUUCUACACCUUUGUUGCGAGUCCUGCGCUUUGUGCCAAGAGUAUCGUGAGCUCCAACAUCGUGGCUUUGACAUGAAUCUUGGAUGGUAUGGAAAUGUUGACAAACUAAAUCAAGGAUUGACAAUGGCACCAUUUGUUGAAGGAGGGAUGAAUAGAUAA